UGUAACGUAGAAUAUUUUUGGGAAUAUUUUUCUCCAAUAAUGACAAAGCCUCAAAUAGCUGGAGAUGAAAAUGGUAAUGUUGGUGAUGAGGAGGUUCGCUCUCAGUGGGCUGCUAUUGAGAGAUUACCAACGUUUGGAAGGAUCACUACUGCUCUGUUCUGGAACAGAGAUGAACAAGGAAGAAGAAACGAGAGACGAGUCAUGGAUGUUUCUAAACUUGAGGAUCUUGAUAGACAUCUCUUUAUUGAUGAGCUCAUUAAACAUGUUGAGGAUGAUAACCUCAGGUUAUUGCAGAAAAUCAAAAACAGAAUCGAUGAGGUUGGUCUCGAGCUACCGACGAUUGAAGUGAGGUUCAGUGAUCUUUUUGUGGAAGCAGAGUGUGAGGUAGUUUAUGGAAAGCCCAUCCCAACUCUUUGGAAUGCUAUUGCAAGCAGACUAUCUAGAGUCAUGUGUUUAAAGAAAGAAAAAAACAUAAGCAUCUUGAAUGGCGUCAGUGGUAUCGUAAGGCCUAAAAGAAUGACUUUGUUGCUUGGUCCUCCUAGUUGUGGUAAAACCACUCUACUACUUGCACUAGCUGGAAGACUCGACCAUUCUUUGAAGACUACAGGAGACGUUAGUUACAACGGUCACUUAUUAUCAGAGUUUGUUCCUGAGAAAACAUCAAAUUAUGUAAGUCAAAAUGAUCUACACAUUCCAGAUAUUACUGUGAGAGAGACACUCGAUUUUUCAGGAAGUUUUCAAGGCACAGGAAGCCGUUUAGAAACUAUGAAAGAGAUUAGUAGAAGGGAGAAACUGAAAGGAAUAGUUCCAGAUCCUGAUAUAGAUGCAUACAUGAAGGCAGCUUCUAUUGAAGGUUCAAAGACAAAUCUGCAAACUGAUUAUAUCCUAAAGAUCCUAGGGCUCAGUCUCUGUGCAGAUACACGCGUUGGAGAUACUUCAAGACCAGGAAUAUCUGGUGGUCAAAAGAGAAGAUUAACUACAGGUGAGACGAUCGUAGGUCCAAUCAAAACUUUGUUCAUGGAUGAAAUAUCCAAUGGUUUGGACAGCUCAACAACGUUCCAGAUUGUUUCUUGUCUCCGACAUUAUGCACUUCUGUCUGAAGGAACAAUAAUGGUUUCACUGCUUCAGCCUGCACCAGAAACGUUUGAGCUUUUCGACGAUGUGAUUCUUAUGGGAGAAGGAAAGAUAAUCUACAUUGGUCCAAGGGAUUAUAUUUGUAGAUUCUUUGAGGAUUGUGGAUUUAAAUGUCCAACUAGAAAAUCUGUGGCUGAAUUUCUUCAGGAGGUUAUCUCAAGGAAAGAUCAAGAACAGUAUUGGUGUCACAUAGACAAACCAUAUUCUUAUGUAUCCAUUGACUCAUUUAUUGAGAGGUUCAAAAAGUCUGAGCUUGGGUUACAACAACAAGAAGAACUCUCCAAGACACUUGAAAAGUCUCAGGCUCAGAAAGAUGCUUUAUGCUCAAGAAAAUACUCACUUAGUAACUGGGAGAUGUUAAAAGCUUGCUCAAGGAGAGAGUUUCUUCUGAUGAAACGAAACUCUUUUGUUUAUGUUUUCAAGUCUGGACUCUUGAUUUGCAUUGGAUCUAUUACAAUGACUGUUUAUUUAAGGACUGGUUCUAAAAGAGAUGUUAUCAAUGCUAAUUAUCUUAUGGGUUCUUUGUUCUUUUCAAUCUUUAAAAUGCUUGCUGAUGGACUUCCAGAACUCACACUUACAAUCUCAAGGCUUUCAGUGUUCUACAAGCAAAAGGAGUUGUACUUUUACCCUGCUUGGGCUUAUGCAGUUCCUUCAGCUAUUUUAAAGAUACCCAUUUCAUUUCUUGAAGCGUUUCUCUGGACCUCGUUGACAUAUUAUGUCAUUGGUUAUAGUCCUGAUAUUGGCAGGUUUUUUCGCCAGUUCUUGAUCUUCUUUGCUUUACACCUUUCAUGUAUAUCGAUGUUCCGUGCUAUAGCUGCCACUUUUCGAGAUUUUGUUCUUGCCACAACAAUGGGAUCAGUCUCUGUAGUGCUUCUCUCAUUAUUUGGAGGAUUCGUCCUUCGAAAACCGUCCAUGCCUGCUUGGCUUCAGUGGGGUUUCUGGUUGUCUCCAUUGUCAUAUGCUGAGAUUGGUCUAACCUCAAAUGAAUUUUUAUCGACACGGUGGAGUCAGGCAACAUCUGGAAACAGAACGUUAGGGGAAGAAGUUCUUGAUGCUCGAGGUCUGAACUUUGGUGAUCAAUCUUACUGGAGUGUAUUUGGUGCUUUAAUUGGCUUCGCAUUCUUCUUCAAUAUUGUAUUUGUACUGGCUUUGACAUUUCUAAAGACUUCAAAUAGGUCUCGUGCGAUUGUAUCUGGUGAUGAUAACACUCAAAGUUCAGGAAGCCACAAUAAGUCUAGUUCUAAAGUUGCUUCGCAGUCCAAAAAUGCAUUACCUUUCAAGCCCCUUACUUUCACAUUUCAAGAUGUCUGUUAUUUCGUCCAGACUCCUCAGGGCAAGAAGGUGCAGCUUCUCUCUAACGUUACAGGGGCCUUCAAGCCUGGUGUUCUCACUGCUCUUAUGGGUGUGAGUGGUGCUGGUAAAACGACUCUGAUGGAUGUUCUUUCUGGAAGGAAAACACGCGGUGACAUUGAAGGAGAGAUCCAAGUAGGUGGUUACCGUAAGGUUCAAGAAACAUUUGCAAGGGUUUCAGGUUACUGUGAGCAGUUUGAUAUUCACUCUCCCAACUUAACCAUAGAGGAGUCCUUGGAAUACUCUGCUUGGCUUCGACUUCCUUCUAGCAUCCACUCAGAAACAAAAAGGGAAAUAGUCAGGGAAGUUCUUGAGACGAUAGAGCUGGAGGACAUUAAAGAUUCCCUAGUAGGACUUCCUGGAGUUAGCGGGUUAACAACAGAACAACGCAAGAGACUGACAAUAGCUGUGGAGCUUGUUGCAAAUCCUUCAAUCAUAUUUAUGGAUGAACCAACCACAGGACUAGAUGCAAGAGCUGCUGCAAUUGUAAUGAGAGCUGUGAAGAACAUCGCAGAGACUGGUAGAACUGUUGUUUGCACCAUUCACCAACCGGGAACUGAUAUCUUUGAAGCAUUUGAUGAGCUGGUUUUGAUGAAAAAUGGAGGAAGGAUUAUCUAUCAUGGACCUCUUGGAGAACAAUCAAGCAAUGUUAUUGAAUAUUUUAUGAGGAUUCCUGGAGUUCCGAAAAUGAAAGAAAACACUAAUCCAGCCACUUGGUUACUAGACAUUACUUCUAGAUCAUCAGAAGACAAACUUGGUGUUGAUUUGGCCCAAAUCUACAAGGAAUCUUCUUUGUUUAAGGAGAACAACAUAGUAAUAGAGCAAAUGAGAGGUACAUCUUCAGGAACAGAAGAACUAACCUCCUCGACGCGAUAUGCUCAAACGGGUUGGGGACAGUUCAAGGCAUGCCUAUGGAAACAACACCUCUCUUAUUGGAGAAACCCUUCCUACAAUCUCACUCGCAUCCUCUUCAUGUGUCUUACCUCUUUGAUCUGUGGCGUUUUGUUCUGGCAAAAGGCUAAGAAAAUAAACACUCAACAAGAUCUUUUCAAUGUAUUGGGCUCAAUGUACACGGUGGUUCUUUUCACUGGAAUGAACAAUUGUUCUACAGUGUUGUUCUGCAUUGCAACCGAAAGAAAUGUCUUCUACCGCGAAAGAUUUGCUCAAAUGUACAACUCAUGGGCCUACUCCCUUGCACAGGUGUUGGUUGAGAUUCCAUACUCAUUGGUCCAGUCUAUACUAUGUGUGGUAAUCUUAUAUCCUAUGGUUGGCUAUUACUUCUCGGUGUACAAAGUGUUCUGGAGCUUCUACGCAGUCUUCUGCACGUUGCUCAUUUACAACUACUUUGGCAUGCUUUUAGUCGUCAUCACCCCAAACAUUCACGUUGCUUUUACUCUCCGUUCGGGCUUUUACUCAAUGGUCAAUCUCUUCGCUGGUUAUGUCAUUCCAAAACCUAGCAUUCCGAAAUGGUGGAUAUGGAUGUAUUACUUGAGCCCUACGUCAUGGGUUUUGAAUGGAUUGCUCACAUCUCAGUAUGGAGAUAUGGAAAAAGAGAUAGUAGCAUUUGGAGAGAAGAAGAAGGUUUCAGAUUUCUUGGAAGACUAUUUUGGUUUCAGACAUGAUUCUUUGGUUCUUGUAGCUAUCGUUCUCAUUGCCUUCCCCAUUCUCUUGGCUUCUCUUUUCGCAUUCUUCAUCGGUAAACUCAAUUUCCAAAAGAAGUGAUUUACUCUAAAUGUUUCGUUGGUAGGUUAAGUAAUGUUUUGGAAUUUAGAAAAUAAAUAAGUUAAAGCUUUCUUAAUCUGUUA